AUGUCACUGAGCAUGCAGGGUUCCGGAAGAGAGUAUUGGGAAAGCUCUCCACGCAUGGACGUACGCGAUCACUGCUCGCGCGAGCAGCAUCCUGCUACAAGAUCCAUCCCGCUCGACGCUGAACGCUCCUCCGAUAGGCGCGAGCCCCGUCCCUUCAUUCAAGAUGAGGGCAUGACCGAUGCCGAAUCGUCUCCUCCCCUCCCAGACACCGAAUUCGGCCGCCUCGACACGACAGGCUGGUAUCCACACUACAACCAAUGCGUCCACUACUUCCUCGAAGCCGGCCAACACAAUUCAACCGUCCAAUCAAUCGCCGCAUUCAUAAACAUCCGUCUCCCCUUCCAACGCCCCGAAGACCACCAACAAUCUACAUCUACGUCUACAUCUACCUCCUUCGUUUCUCUACGACCUUACGUCCGCCGCCUAAUUAUCACUGCGCAAGACUCCCCGCCCAUUAUGUCGGCCUUUUUCGGACCCGACUGGCUUACCGGCGUGGGAGUGCUUUACAAACAAGAGCGCACGAAUUACCUCUUUACGGCGAAGAGUAGUGGUUGGGCGCAGACUAAGGCUGCCUACGAUAUUCUUCCGGAUGAACAGGCGCCGUUUCUGCGGCCGCUGCGUGAUCCGGAGGAAGAGGAGAUUCGGGCUGCGGAGGCAAGGUGGAGUGAGUGGCUUGCUAUGGAGGAUUGGAUGGUUGGUGCUAGGAGUCCUUGGUAA